AUGACAAUCAGGUGCCUCACGCGUCGUCGUGCGCAGUGGGCGCCCACCGCCCUAACGGUUCCUGUGCGUCUGCUGAGGCGCAAACUCAGCCCUGACCGCACACGUGACGAGGAGAUUCAGGACCGCCAAAACGCAUUUGUGUGGCAUGAAAAGCAUACAUUUCGGCCACAUCAGCAUUUCACAUACGACCCGUCGAGCUGGAGCCGCCCACUGGAGGAAAAGAUGAAGGUAAAGAGGAAGUUGUCCCUCGUCGACCGGCUGCGGGUCUUGGAGGAGCGGGAAAUUGAGGCAGCGUCUGCCAUUGAACCAACUAAGGAACCGGAGGAAUUGAAGAAAUGCACGGAGGAUUUGGAUUAUUUUUAUUCCAUUCAGGAAACUGAACACACAGCUGUUCCUUUGCAAGCUCAGAUGGAACGCUUGAAUGUCUUACAUGUCCUUCUUACAGCUCCGAGGCAUCUUGACACGCCAUUAGCAAAAGUGGAGCGUCUACAACAGGAGUACAGGGAGUUGCUGCGGUGUGUGUUUGAACGUGCCCGUCUGGCAGUUGUGGACGAAACAAUGACAUUUGACGCGUUGCUGUAUUCAUGGUUUCUGCUACUUCAGGGAGCUCAGCCGCUUUUAGAGGCUUUGACUGAGGGGCAGACUCAUGCAGGGGAUCGUCUUUAUGACGGCAUCGUCACCAUGCGUGAUGCGCUUGACAAACCUCUACUGCACGCUGUGGAGCAUAUUAAUGCAAAGCACAACGUGGAGCUCAUCCUGGAAGGGUGGGUGGAGCUGUUUGAUUUGGUAACACAUCCCUUUACCCGGCGAGGCCAAAAAUUACGGGAGAGUAAAAGCGAAGCGUGCCACGCUCUUGCUACAGUUGUCGAACAGCUGGAACAAAAGGUGAUGGAUCGAACAAUGACUGCACUAGCGGAACGCAUGAUUACAGAUGACGGUACUGAAUUACUUGACGCGCAGCAUAUGGUUGCCCUUUUGCGCAGCAUGGCGCGUUCUUCCUGCAUGAUAGAAGAAUCGUCUCUUCAGCGUGCUGCGCUGCUGACACUAAAGGUGGGGGAAGGGAUUCUUGCAACGCUUAAGAAUGUUGUGGCGCCUUCACUUCGUCACUCGAUGCGGAUUUUUCUUUUGGGUAGCUCGGCGCGGCGUGUCGCCUUUAAUAUAGAUGAGUCAAUCAGAAAGAGAUAUAUUCCCUGUCCAGUAGUAUUGGACCCAUGCGACCCACCAAGUGGUGUGAAGAACCCUGUAAUCGCGGCGGAUGAGGUGUCGCACGCCACGUGUGCUGGUAUAGCUCUCCUGCGACAGACAGCUCGUGCCUCUCCGGUUACACGGUUAAAGGUGGUGGACGCUGUCGAUGCGCUCUUGGUGAUGCUGUCGCAUGCGCCAAACUACGAUCUUGGUUUAAGCGACACUUCCACGUUUGUGUGCGAAAUGAUGGAAGGUGGAGUCUUGGCCGUUGAUACAGGGGCGGUUGAGCGACAUCUCCACGUGGUUCUUUUGCUCUCUCGUUUGCAGUUUUCUACAUGCAACAAUCAAGCCGUCUUGUGUCGUCUGCUAUUCUUGUUAUGUAGCCUUGCUCCACCAGCGUCUUGUCCUGAAUUGACUCUUCGAGAGUGGAAGCGACUUUAUGGAACCGCCGUGCAUCAGUUGCUUGCUUCUGUGCGUGCGGCUGCGUUGAGUGGACACUACACCCGUGGACACAACUCUCCAGGCACAUGGGAAGAGCUUUUGGCAUUUGGGCAGUACAGCGGUGCCAUGCCGCUGGCACUGUGGUACGAUGCCUGCCAACGGUACUUUGACGGGACCAACGUUCCUUUGUCCUCAACGUGUGCGCGUGCCUUACUUUCACUACGAACUCGAUGUAGAUCUCCCGGCAAAGGCGCCUUCGCACGGAGGACAACCUUUUAUUCACAGUGUGCAUCUCCACUGGACUUUGAUUCUGUAGAGCUGCUUGCACGGCUGUUGCAUGUUGUCCUGGGUGAGUGUGUUGCAGCUGAAGAUCUCAUAAAUGAAGCUGCCGCUUGGGAUCUGGCACAUAGUGCUGCAGGUGAUGACAAGGCGCUGUCUGCCUUGUUACUUGGAGCACAAAAGUGUGUGUUGGAGAGACAAACGAGCAAACAUGCUGUGAUGACGUUCUGCUAA